AUGGAAAACGAGCUUGAGCAUUUGAACUGGAAUAUCCAGCAUGCCCUACAGCAGCUUGAAGGCCCUCUCUCAGAAGAGCUUAGAUCAUUCCACGAUAUUUCUCCCACGUCGCCUGGUUCGUCCGUCGUGGUGUAUCAGAAGCUCCUUGAUACGGUGCAAGCACUAGACAAGCUCCUUGUGGCCUUGACCCCUCCCCAUAUGCUCUUGGUAGACGGGGUGUUUGCUUUCACCAACAGCAAGGUGUUGCUGUGUGCCUCGGAGUAUCAGCUGGCAGACCAUGUCCAAAGACUCCAGCCUUGUAGCAUUUCCGAGCUAGCCAGUGCUGCAGGUCUCUAUGAGCAAGGCCUUUCUCAGAUAAUCCGCUAUCUCCGUGAAAUGGGUUAUUUUGACCAGGAUCCCACAACCGGCAAACUGUCUAACAACCGGCUAUCCAAUCUACUCCGCAAGGAUCACUGGGCUACCUGGCUCAAUUGGGUCGACUUCUUCCCGCGCGAGUAUUACGAUCUUUUGUCCCAUCUGCCCAGUCAGCUGAAGAGCGAUCAGCCAAAGACAGCGACCGAACUCUUCUACAAUACGGACAAACCUAUCUACCAGUUUCUUGCAGAAACAGGCAGGGCUGCAGGUUUCCACAAGGUUACAGGCACUGGAAGUGUGGUAGAGGCCCCUGGGCUGCUUGCCGAUUACCCUUGGGAAGAGGUCAAGGGCGAGACUGUUGUAGAUAUUGGUGCGGGCGUUGGCGAUUUUAUCCGUACAUAUCUGGAGAGAUUCCCAGGCGCUACAGCCGCUGCUUUCGAGCUUCCAUCGACCGCAGAAAUCCUUCAGCAGCGGUUCCCUCCAGAUGAUCCCCUUACAAAACGGGUUACAUCUAUCACCGGAGGUGAUUUUUUCAAGGAUCCAUUACCUGAAUCCUCUGUAUACCUACUACGAUGGAUUUUGCACAACUGGGGUGACGAAGACUGUAUUAAAUUGCUUCGACGGCUUCGAGACACAAUAGCCAUCAAAACGGGUGUCAGUCGAGUGCUGAUAGUCGAAUCCAUCCUCUUCGAUGGCCGGCUUGGGCGAGGGGCCCGGUAUGCAGAUAUUCGCAUGCUUGCUCGCUGUAGAAAUAAGGAGAGGACGCUAGAUGAGUAUAGAACGCUAGCAGAAAAUGCUGGAUGGCGCCUGAAUAGGGUGGUCUCUCCUCGAGGAUGCCUAACCCAGGUCCUUGAGCUGCGGCCGGUGGGAGUCUGCACUGUUUUACCCAACGGCAGUGGCCGCAAUGACGUAAAUAGUACUGGCCCAGAAUGGGAAUCAGAACUGAUGUGA